AUGAGUGACGACCCGUAUGACUUUGAGAUCGCAAUACCUGCAGCCUCUAAUAAUGCCAAAUCGACAAGCAAGCACCCUAGCACCACCGACAGCGGCGACGAUGCAAGUGAUGUCAGUGGCAGUCUAAGUAACAUGAGCGGUAUCAGCAGUGACAACGACGACAACGAUAGCGAUCGCAGCAUACGCCAACGAACUGAGUCAAAUUUGAAGCAGCCAGCAAUGAGUACCAGCGAUUUCAGAACUCCGACUCCUUCGUCUGGAAGUGCGCUGGAUAGAGCCAAAAACUUCCUGUCGAAGUAUUCAAGUGUAGCCGUGGGCGAUUCUAAUGGAACCAACACUCGAACCAGCUCAAGCAGGCGACACAUAAGUCUAGACUCGGAUGACGAUGAUGAUUCCAUCGUGGAAUCGUCUGGUGGUGACACAGAACUCAUCAGCGAUAAGAACGCAGGCCCCUCAAGUGCUAUGGCUAGCUCCAAAAUCCAAGACAGCGAAGCAUUUCAAACUUCCGAAUUCAUCCCUAAACGUGGCGAAACAGGGCCCAAGCAUGUCGACGCGCUUCAAGAUGUCGAUCAAGGUGGAAGUAGCCAGAGCAGUGAUUCUGCUCCUUUCUCAAGCGCAGCUCACGUGCCACCAACAAAACAUAUAGCACCAACUUCACAGCUUGAUGAAAGCAGGAGUGAACUUGAAGACAACAUCGAAUCUUUUCACAGCGGUGCAUCAGAGGAGCGAUCAGGAAUUCUUCCUGUCACUACGACGCCAUCGACAAUGCAACCGAGAUCAGUGUACCACGAGGAGAGCACUGACGAUUACAACGAGUCAUUUCAGGAGGAGAGUCUUAGCCAAAGUAGAGUCGCUGACAACUACCUUCACGGUAUUCAGCGAAGCCAAGUCACACCAACGUUUAUAUCGCCGAAAUCAGGCCAAUCGAUUGUGUCCGAGAGUGAAGUUUAUGAGGAAGAUGCAUUCGAGGAAGAUUCAACGGUGGCAACAACAGUCGCCAGUGUGGUGACACCCCACCUAGUGGCUAACACCAUCGCCGAGAAAACGUUUGACUACUCAAUGGACUUCUCUGACGAUGAAAUCGGUGGACACGCGCCGCUCCAAAUACAGACACCCCAGUCAGUAAUGAGUGAUCGGGACCAACGAGACCCAACGCCUGAAAGCUCCGAAUCGAGACCGUUAUCUGAUAACGAAGAGCAGAGUGAAUUUCUCCAAUCGGAUAGUUUUCAUGAAGUUGGGCGUGAAGACAAUGGAAAUGGUAUCGUCGAUCCUAAAGAUCAACUAACUGUAGAACAACCUGUGGGCGCUAUCAGUGAGGGAUCAGCAUCAAUAACAGAACAGAUACCAGAGGGCAACUUAUACCAAAACGAGCCCACCUGUCCGACAGACGAUAGUAUUGUCGGCAAGGAGAAUGAUAAACAAGUACCAAGCGACAAUGUCGUUAGCAUACCUCAAAUUACAGUGGCGUCGAUACAAAAAGUCAAGUCUCCGGAAGCGAGAUAUCCAGCGGACGACUUGACUGUAGCUCGACGAGCGCGCGUAACUAUCAUCAGAGCCAUUGAUCUGAAUGAAGAACAGUGUGUGGAGAUGAAGGACGCUUGCACCCAAUUUACUGGGAACCAUGCAGCAAUUCAAGCAGAUCUGAUUCCCGAUGGUAUGCACAACUUGUUCGUUUCGACGCCGUCUGCGCCUGCUACAACGCCAUCACAUAGUCUUGGUCACGAAAACGAAGUGCCUCCGCGUGAUACAGAGCCUGUUCCUCGCCAAAAUGAGAAACAACCGCCGCCACCUCCUUCCAUAUCACAGCAGCUUGGAUCCACAAUGUACAGUCUGGACGCGCUUAAAUUGCCAAUUACGACUUCCACGUCCAUAUACAAGCAACAGCUACUUGCGCUACAGGAACAAAUUAUGCAGAAGAAGUGUGAGACUGAGCGGAUUGUUCGCGACAGGAUGACUUUCCAGUAUUCAUCACUGCGAGGCACGGAACGAUUUUUCGCAGCUCGACGAACUCAAAAGCUGGAGCUAUGGGAAGCUCUUAUGCGGGUGGACCCAACGCUCGACGAACGGAAGGCUCGUGAAGUAGCCCGCCUUGCUCAAAGUGCAACGACUAAUCAAGGCUUGCGGUGA